AUGGCAGCUGGAAGGCGAUACUACACUUUGGCGUCACAGACAUUACCCAAGUCCACAAUAGUCACAGACACUACGUCUAUGUUGCUACCUGGACAAGUUCACAUGCCUCGUCCAACACCCCCGCCAUAUGUGGUCGCAAAGACACUGACCCAAUACUUCUUUGGCGAAACCACGCUCCCAUCGUUUCUUCAGCGAUACGGCGAUAUUUUACUGGCAAUCACAGGAGGCGCAGCUGCAGCAACGAGCAUAUUUUGGUAUUUCCAGCGUAACAAAUAUAACCGCAAAAGAAUCCGGCUAGCCGUCUUCCACGUUGUCCGCACACUGCAGAAGAUGCCGAAUCUAGAAGAACUUAUAAAGACGCCAGAGGAGUUUUACGAGGAGAUUGACUAUGAGGUCAGUCGAAUGAUUGGUAUCCAUCUGACGCAAUCGGAGGGCGUGACUAUUGCGAAGAGGGCCCAGCGUCAACUUGAGGCUGAAUACAAUGCGAAUGUGAGAGAUUUAGAGGAUGAGAGGAGAGUAAGAAGGAGAUUGGAUGAUGCUGCGGAUGGAGAGGAUGCGGAUUCCUCACGAGGUCGUGUCGUUGAAGAGGAGCAGAUUUCCGAACCCGACAUUGCGGGCGACGUACCGGAAACCGCCGUACAGUCGCCAUCUUCUGCAGGUCAGCCCGAGGAAAGUCCCGUUAAUCAGGACGAAGUGCAACAAGAUGAUGAGCUGGAUAUGGGUAUGCUCGGUUACAAUCCGACAGCAUCGCAUCUAAGCCCAGGACGGGAGCGACCGCCGCUCACAUCGUCGGAUAUCGAUCUUGAUUUUGGCCUUCCAAGGUUACCGUCAUCGGCACAGAGUAGAAGGAGUCGCGGAAAUCCUUCCAGUCUAGGUUCCGUGGAUGAAUACUCAUCGUCACCGCCAGCACGGCCGUCAAAUCCGACUCCCCGUCGCGGUCGAAACGGUCCUUUCAGUAGCGACGAUACGCCUUCGCCACAACGCCUGGGCCCCGUAGACCUUUUCAGUGAAGAUGUUUUUGCCGGCGGAGACGAACAGCCGAUUCUCCGUCCGUCUAAUCCUACACCUCACCGUGCCCGAGGCUCUACAGAUGUACAAUCCGACACGCCACGACCGAAGACUGCGCGCAGGAAUAGGCGUGAUCUGGAACAAGAGAGUCAUGACCUUUAUACUUCUCCUGCCUCUAGAGACGACACCUCGCCAGUACAUGAAUCACCUCGACCACUCAUCACCAGCAAAGCCAUCCGUGAGCGUCGCGAAAAGGAACGCGUUUCGAAUGCCGUAAAGACGGCCCAGAAGCCCCGUAGUACUAUUCCGCUACGCCAGCCGCCCAGUGCAAUGGAAAUGAGAACUGAGGGUGAAUUUCCCCGUCAUCGGCUUUCUUCCAUACGGGAGGGUCUAUCUCCACACGUGAGCCCUGCGGUAGACGCUAAGCAGUAUCGCGUCGCGGAGACACGCAGGCUGAACAGACAGCUUCAGGACGAGAGGAAUGAGCGUCCGAAUUUUAGGAAGCAUGUACCGCAGAUUGGCGAAGAAACACGUGGAAAUGAAGAAGAGCAACACGCCGAGGGAGCGGACGCGCGAAGACAAGAAGGUACACUUCGAAGACCCAACCAGAUAUUCGACUUCAACAGGAGCUAUCGUGACGGCCUCGCCAGCAGUCCGUCACGACAACCCAUCACCUGCUGCUGCGGCUCAAUCCUCUUCGCCGAGAUCAAGGCCAUCAUCUCAGGCAGCGACCAAAGGACAAUCGCGAAGGUCGGCGGCCCCAAGCCCACCCGAAAGGACUACGAAGAAGGCGGCGGAGGCACCUGCAAAGACGCUUGCAAAGACACCUGUGAAGACACCUGCGAAGCAAGAGGCUCCACCGACAACCGGGACGCGGAAGAGCGGAAGAAUUGA